AUGGAAAAAUUUCUUGUGGAGAGAGGAGGAAUAAGUCCAUAUGAGAUUAGUAAAGCUGUGAACCGAAACAGCAAACCUUUCAGAAAGCCAUUAUCACCAUAUACUAUGAAACUUAAUAAUGGAAAAUCUCCAGCCAGACCUAUAUCAACAUCUACACCAAUGACAUACAAUCUAAGACCCGAAUCAAAGCAAACCAUAUCACCUCCACAAUCACCUGUAAUGAUGAGACCUAGGCCAGUUGACAGAAAGGAAAUAAAUGGACUCAGAUCAAGCGUUUUCAUGAAGGAACAACAGAUAAAUGAUAGGGAGAACCAAUAUUCCACAGUUGCUGACGAGAACAACCAACUCUCAUCGACUAACAGAAUGCAACAACGAAAAAUACAAACCCUAGAGAUUGAUAUAAAUAAUUUAAAAAAAUACGUUGAAACAUUAGAAUAUCAGUUAGAAAGACAGAGCAUUAACAAUCCUAACACAUUUAAAGAUAGAAACAUAAUGAAAGAGCUCGUGAAUAAAAACUCUGAAAACGAAAAGAUUAUUCUGCAUUUAGAGAGCUUAUGCGAGAAGCAUCAAAAGGAUUUGACGAAAUACAAGACUAAUGACCAUAAAUAUGAACCCAUCAUUCAGAAACUAGUGGCGGAAAUGAAUAAGCAAGACGAAUUAGUAGAAAAAUUGAAAUUGAAAUUAAAACUAAAUGAAAGCCCUUCUGAUAAUUGGGAAUUGAAGACCUUUUUAAAAAAGUUGCCGUUUAUCAAACAAUAUUAUCUAUAUUGUAAAUAUCAGCAAGACCAGAAGAACUUUGGAAUAUUAUUCAUCAACAUAGCUACAUUAUGCUUGACUUCAGUUAUUUUGAUUAAUAUCCUAAAGUUUGUUUUCUUCAUUAUCAUUUAUUUGUUUGAUAUGAAUAGAUCAACAAGUGCAAAUAAUUUACAGGAGUAUGUCUACGACGAUUAUGGGCUUAACAAUUGGUUUAGUUCCAAUGAAGCAACAUUUGUAUGGUGGAAAGAGAUAGAAUGGCUAGAGCAUGCGAUUUAUAGUUUAAGCGAUUGGAUAGGUAGUUAA